CUUGCCUCGGCUUGUUUUUGUUAAAGAUUUUUUGAAUUCUGAUGACGGUCAUUGAAAUUUUUCAAAGCCAUUUGAUUGGGCUGUCUGCAACUAAGGCCACUAAGGGUGCCUAUGGUAUCCCCUCCAUAUAUAAGGGCCCGAUCUGAAAUUUUCUUCCUAUUCGAUUUCACUUCUCAGUGAGGUUACAGCUCUUGACAUUGCGAUCUUGUGUUCUACAUAGCCGACGUUUUCCAAAGUGCACAUCUCGGACUUCAGAAUCAGUUGUCUUUUUCUGCUUUUUGUCUUACGUAUUUUCGUUAGUGCACUGUGCUCUGUGCUGUUCGUGAGAUUCAAAGACUUAAGAAACGUUACCCAAAAAUCUACUUCUUUGUGGAUUUCCCUGGCGUUUUGUGCGGCUGUUUACCAUCUAGCAACCAUGCCGGUGUUGAAGGAAGCCAAGUACAGAGUCCUGAACAAAGACGCGUUGGAGAUUUUGGACAUGGAACAGAUGGAACUUCUGGCCGACAGAGGCAACUGGGAGGUGAUCGUAGCGGCGAGAGUUCGACAACCGAAGGUGAAAAGGGUUCUGAAGAAGUUCUUGUUGUUUGAGGAUGACGACGAUACCUCGAGGAUGUGGAAACGGUCCUCCUUUGAACAUGAGCUGUCCUUCUUGCAAUCCCUGGAGCACCAUAACAUCGUCAGGGUUUUGGCUGCUUUUCAGUGCCCGUCCUAUUUGGGCUUUGCGAUGGGGUAUCAUCCCACGGAUCUUUCCCAUGGACUGCUUGACAUGACCUACUCCGAGGUGGAAUCCUACACAAGUCAGCUCACGGACGUCAUGUGCUACUUGCACGGUCAGCGCAUCAUCCACGGAGAUCUCAAGCUAGGGAACGUUCUCCUAGACAGAGCCGGCAGGGUCAAACUCUGUGACUUUGGUCACUCUCAGGUCAUUCACGAGGAUACAGACAAGCCCGACGGGUGGGGAGGCACCGACGGUUAUAAGCCACCAGAGUUAUACCACAGCCAAGUUCACAACGCCUUCAAGAUGGACAACUACUCCCUGGGCAUCUUGCUGUGGGCUUUGUUCUUCGGGACUGCUCCUCGCAACAACAUUGACUAUCUGAAAGAAGUGGACAACU